AUGCCAUAUUCCGUCUUCAAGAAGCUUAAGUUAGGUGAACUUCUCCCUACCAACAUGACCCUACAAUUAGCCGACCGCUCUAUCAAGUUCCCCAAGAGUAGAAUUGAGGAUGUCCCCCUCAAGAUAGGAGAUUUCACUAUCCCCGUUGACUUCAUCGUGCUAGAGAUUGCGAAAGAUGACAACAUUCCUAUCAUUUUAGAAAGACCAUUCCUAGCAACUUUGGGUGCCUUGAUAGAUGUGAAAGGUGGCAUGAUCACUUUGUGUGUUGGUAAUGAGUUGGCUAACUUCAAGCUUAAGCCUAUGCAUGAGUCCCUUUCUUAUGUGCAAGGAAUUAUGCGCGUUAAUUCGUUUCCUAUGAAUGAUAUUGCUUGCACUUUUUCGUCGUCUACUAAUGAUGUUCUUGAAGGUUGUGACACUGCUUCUAUAAAUUUUGAUAGCAAGUUGGUUAGUGAAGGCGAGUAA